AUGCUUUCUGCCGUCGAACAAUGGUUUUGUGUCACAUUUCCUCAGGGACUUAAUCCAAAUUUAGAAUGUAUUAGAUUAAAUUUAGAUCCCGUACAAGCCGUACACCGACCUUUUAUUCUUUACCUUUCCAUGUAUUUGAUAACGACUGUCUUUCAUUUAUUCUAUUUAAAAAACUGGGGAUUUCAACAUUCUGGAGGAACUGAAGCUGGUAUUAUUUGGGGUGGUCCAAUUGGCUAUCUUCAUGAUGUCCUACAAUCUCUUUUUACACAAACUACGAAAGAAAGUCAAAUGAAACGUCUCUCUUAUUAUUAUCGACCUUCAACAUCCAUCAGUUCUGACCCACAGACACCUAUUGUUUUCAUUCAUGGUAUUGGUGUAGGCAUUCUAUGUUAUGCUGAAUUUAUAUACCAAGUAGUAACUCAAUUGGAUCGACCCAUCUUUCUUGUCGAACUUCCCUAUGUAGCCAUGCAUAUGGUAGAUUCUGUACCAACUGCAAUUGAAACUGUCUCAGAGAUUUCAAAUAUGUUGAAUGAAUUUGGCUAUGACAAAGCUGUCUAUAUUUCACAUUCUCUUGGUACAGGAGUGACGAGCUGGGUCAUGAAUAUGGCCCCAGAGACAGUAGCUGGUUUAAUUUUAAUUGAUCCCAUCUGUUUCUUACUUCACCAUCAUCAUGUUGCAUUCAAUUUUGUUCAUCGACUUCCAAAAACGAUAUUUGAGUAUAUCUUACAUUAUGGUGCUGCUAGAGAACUUUAUAUUAGUUAUUACAUUUCACGACAUUUUCAAUGGUAUGAAACAAUUUAUUUUUGUAAAGAAGUUGAUUCAGUAUCUACAAACAUAUUAGAGAAUGCAUCCAUUUUCUUAUCAGAAAACGAUGGUAUUGUCGGUAGCACCCAUGUGCAUCAUUACCUUUCAAAAAGAGGUGCUCAAGUUCAUAUGAUGGAGGGAUUAAGACAUGCUAUGUUUUUAACAAAUACAGAAUGGAAAAAUAAGAUUUUAAAUCAAAUUGAUUUCAUUUCUCGUAAAGCGGAUGUAUCCAAUAAAUAA